AUGCUCGCCUUCACUGCUUUCUUUAUCACUGCGUGGGCAACAGCCCAUGCAGCUCCAGCCUCGAAUGUCCCUCCGACUGCAACAGUUCGAAACGGUACCUAUGUCGGAGUACACAACAGUGCUUAUGAGCAGGACUUCUUCUUGGGUAUGCCCUAUGCUCAACAACCCGUGGGGAAUCUACGCUUCACCGUGCCGCAGCCAUUGACUGAGAGUUGGGAUGGCACACGCGAUGCGAAGGCGUACUCCGAUAUUUGUGUUGGAUAUGGCGUGGACUCUAUUUUCUAUCCCCAAUCCGAAGCAUGUCUGACUAUCAACGUGAUCCGUGGCUCGUCGGCCCACGAACAUUCAAAGCUGCCUGUGGGAGUUUGGAUCUAUGGCGGUGGCUUUAACCAGGCAUCGGGGGCAGACGAGCGCUAUAACAUGUCUGCUAUGGUAGAAAACUCUUACAACAUUGGAAAACCCUUCAUCGCGGUCACAUUUAACUACAGACUCUCGGCUUGGGGGUUCAUCAGUUCCAGCGAGGUCUGGGGCAGCGGGAACACAAACCUUGGAUUAAGAGACCAGAGACUGGCCCUCCAAUGGGUCCAGGAGAAUAUUGCAGCAUUUGGUGGAGACCCUGAAAAGGUUACUAUUUGGGGUGAAUCAGCCGGUGCAAUCUCGGUAGGUUACCAUCUAACAGCAUAUGGAGGUCGAGACGACAAAUUAUUCAGAGCUGCAAUAAUGGAGUCUGGGGGUUCUAUCAGCCCAUCUCCUGGCAACUACACGGCCUUUCAGUCUAUUUAUAAUGAUCUGCUCUCCAAAGUGAAUUGCCAGAAUGUGGUCGAUUCUCUCCAAUGCCUGCGUGAAGUGCCGUUUGAGAAACUUAAUUCUGUUCUGAAUGGGACAGAUGGUUUGUCUAAGUAUAACUUCAAGCCAGUUGUUGACGGUGACUUGCUUCAGAACUGGGGAAGUAUUCACCUGGACAAUCAUGAAUUCGUCAAGGUGCCUAUUAUCGCCGGAACUAAUACUGACGAGGGAACCGAAUUUGGACCAUCUGGAAUUAAUACCACGGAUCAGUGGUAUGAUUUUCUUACUGAUGGGGGAUUUGAUUUCCAAACUCCACCCUCCGUGGCUAAGCAGAUCCUCCGACUCUACCCUGACGAUCCAUCGCAGGGGAUCCCGGCAUUCCUGGGAGAUAAGAGAGUCCCCUCGAUGGGAAGCCAAUGGCGACGCACAACAGCUUUCGCAGGUGAUUUUGCAAUGCACGCGUGUCGUCGACGACAGUGCGAGGCCUGGGCGGAAGCCUCCACACCUGCAUACUGCUACCGAUUCAACGUGCAUACUCCUGACGUGCCGCUUCUCAUGGGUGCAGGCCAUUUUGAAGAAGUGGCUUUUGUCUUCCACAAUAUCGCUGGACUUGGCUACAAUAUUGGAUACCCAUACACUGGAAAGCCAUUUGCUGGCGUGCCGCAGUCUUAUAUUGACCUGAGUUCUAUGAUGACCAGCAUGUGGGCUUCGUUCAUUCAUGAUCUUGAUCCCAAUUCCGGCGUGGUGAAUAAGUCUGUUCAUUGGGAGGCUUAUGCGAAUGACAACCCGAGGGAUCUCUUCUUGGAUGCAAAUACAACUAGUCAUAUGGAGCCAGAUACCUGGCGCAGUGAGGCAAUUGAUUAUAUCAACUCGGUAGCCCGCGCGUUCUGGAGAUAG